UGUCCAAUAGAAUGUAUCGUUGUAGUCUGUCGCCGCAGUGUGAGUUCGCGGGAAAAUAAGUGUAUGUUUCUCAACAUACCGCUAUUUGGGAUUUGCAAUAUGGUGUAUUGUAGCUGAAUCGAUAGAAUAAUUAUCGUAUAUUGUAUUAUAUUAUUGAUGACUUUAUCGUCAGAUAUUUUAUGAGUACAGACCGCUUCAAACGGUUACAAGUCCCGUUUUCAAACGAAUAACAUUACGUGGCUAGCUUGCUCUCUGCGUUAUUCACACCAAUUCAUUGGUUAAUCGUAGCCAGCUUUGGAUAUCCAGAAAUUCUUUUGUAGCGAGACAAAGAGAUUCCCUCUCUUGUCGUUUGCUGUUUGAGCCAGCGCUGUAAGGUGUAAAACUUGUCAUUUCGAAAUGAGUUUAUUUAAUUUGGACCGGUUUCGUUUUGACAAGAAUAAAGCGACGUCAAACAAGGACGAAUACAGCAGCGGUUCCGUAAGUCCAGAGUCAGAAAAGGAGAAUAAACCAGCUCGAGUAAAAGCAUCAUCUGUAUCCAACCUUGGAAAAUCUGGACGAGGAGUGUAUGAAGAUGUCAUCAGUGAGUCUGAUGACGAUUUGGCAAGUGACUCUAGGAAGGAUAAAUUAACCAGAAGGCUGAAGGAACCUGCAAAGAAGUCUGUGAAGCGAGAGGUAAGGGAGAUGAAUGAGCUGUCUGAUGAGGAAGAUAAAAUGGACGAGGUAAUGGAAGAGAGACUUUCCAAACUGCAGGAACUCUUCCCUCAAAGAGACAAGAAGGAGCUGCUGGAGGUGAUUGAGAGCACAGGUACUUUAGAUGGUGCUGUAGCUUUAUGCCUGAUGAAUGGUGACAAAAACUCUCGUCGGAAGAGGAAACACGAUGGCUCCAGCAGUUCUCAGGACAGUGAAACGGCUCAGCAGCCCUGUAAGAAGAGGAGGCCAUCUCUGGCUGAUGAUCCUGAGGAGGAGCAGGGGACAGAGCCCAGCUGGGAAAGACAGGAGUCCAUGGUCAGGAAACUGCAGAGGAGGUUCCCUGACCAAGAUAAAGAGGAACUCAGGGCUGUGCUCCAGGAACACGAGUGGAACCUGACCGAUGCCCUGGAGGUGUUGCGGAUGUUCUCCGACCCAGACGAAGAUUCCAGCACACCAGAAAUCUCUAGCUCCCCUGAAGUCAGGCAGAAAGGACCCAAAGCCCAAAACGAUGACAAACCGAGCAAAGCUAAGAUUGAAGCCAAGCCGAGCCAGGAGUACAAAGACAAGGCCAGGCCAAACAAUGAAUCUGCUCUGAAAUGGUUUUUCAAGAAAUCUGCUCCUGAAUGUAAGCCAACAUCCUCCACAAAUUCCCCGAGUCCAAAGCUGUCCAACGGGACCAGUGUGGCCAAGAAGGAGGCGGCGGAGAGGAAGAAGAAAGCUCGCGCCUCAGAUGAGAGGGCCAGCAGCUCAGAGGGCGAGGAGGAGGAUGGUGAUGGGGCCAGCAGCGAGUUCGAGGAUGAGGACGAUGGGCUGGACUCUGGGGAGGAGGACGAGGGAACAUCCUUGUUAAAGGGCAAGAUCCUACUGUUCUUCCAGGAGGCCUCACUGGAUGAACUCUCUCUCAUCGCCGGUUGCUCUGUGAAGAAGGCCCAGAAGAUUGUGGAGCUGCGGCCCUUUGCUGUUUGGCAGGACCUGAAGGAAAUGCUCCACAAGGAGAAGAGUCUUUCGGUGGACCUGCUUGUGGGCUGUCGGGUGGUGCUCAGGGAGCGGGCCGUGGUCCAGGGCCUCAUGUCCAAGUGCGAAACCAUCUCCGGCAAGAUGAUGAAAGAGGUCACCCGGGUCGUGGACCACGGCGCGGUCUCCAUGACCCAGCCCUCGGUCCUAAACAACAAGUUGCAGUUAAAAGCGUACCAGCUCAUUGGUCUGAAGUGGCUUCUCCUGCUACACCAACACAACCUCAGUGGAAUCCUGGCCGACGAGAUGGGUUUGGGAAAGACCAUCCAGGCCAUUGCCUUUCUGGCCAGACUGUACCAGGACGGCAUCGACGGCCCCCACCUCAUCACCGUGCCGUCCUCCACUCUUGAUAACUGGGUUCGAGAGCUAAAGCUGUGGUGUCCGAGUCUCAAGGUGCUAGUCUAUUAUGGCUCGGUGGAGGACCGGCGAUACCUGCGACAUGACAUCCUCAGCCACCAGGUGGAGUUCAACGUCAUCGUGUCUACAUACAACCUGGCAAUCGGCAAUGACAGUGACCGCAGCCUGUUCCGAAAACUCAAGCUGAAGUAUGCUGUGUUUGACGAGGGCCACAUGCUGAAGAACAUGAACUCUCUUCGCUACCGCCACCUCAUGGCCAUCAACGCUGAGCACCGGCUGCUCCUGACCGGGACUCCGCUGCAGAACAACCUCCUGGAGCUGAUUUCGCUGCUCAACUUCAUCAUGCCCUCAAUGUUCUCCAGCAGCACCACGCAGAUUGCCAAGAUGUUCUCCAUGAAAUCCCACGAGGAACAGAGUCGUUUUGAGAGGGAUCGCAUCGCUCAGGCUAAACUCAUCAUGAAACCGUUCAUCCUUAGACGAGUGAAGAACGAGGUUCUUAAACAGCUGCCAGCAAAGGAGGAGAAACUGUUAUUCUGCCCCAUGAGUGAGAAGCAGCAGCAGCUUUAUCAGAAAAUGGUGGUCACGCUGAAGAAGUCUCCCAUCGGAGAGAAGAGAGAGCUGUCCAACGUGAUGAUGCAGUUGAGGAAGAUGGCCAAUCACCCGUUACUUCACCGACAGUACUAUACCGCCGACAGACUCAAGGCCAUGAGUUGCCUCAUGCUCAAGGAGCCGACCCAUUCUGAUGCAGACCCGGUGCUGAUCCAGGAGGACAUGUCUGUGAUGUCCGACUUUGAGCUCCAUCGGCUAUGUCAGCAGUACUCCUCCCUCCAUGGUUACCAGCUGGACAAGGACCUCCUGCUGGACUCUGGGAAAUUUCACUUGCUCCAGACACUUCUGGCCUCCCUGAAGGCCAAGGGAGACCGCGUGGUGCUCUUCAGUCAGUUCACCAUGAUGCUGGACAUCGUGGAGAUUCUGCUCAAACACCUUGGCCAUCGCUACGUCAGACUGGAUGGCUCUACGCCUAUAGCGGACAGGAUUGUGUUAAUUGACGAGUACAACACCGACUCGGAGAUCUUUGUGUUUCUGCUGUCGACGCGCGCCGGUGGUCUGGGCAUCAACUUGACGUCGGCCAACGUGGUCAUCCUACACGACAUCGACUGCAACCCCUACAAUGACAAGCAGGCUGAGGACCGUUGCCACAGAGUGGGCCAGACAAGGACCGUGCAGGUAAUUAAGCUGAUCCAUAAAGACACCAUAGAGGGCUGCAUGUUGCAGCUGGGCCAGAAGAAGCUCAAACUGGAGCAGGACAUGACCGCUGCAGAGGAGGGCGAUGAGGGAACCAUGCCUGAGGACAUGGCCUCCCUGCUCAAGGCCUCGCUGGGCCUGUGAGGGUGCCCCCUCCCUCCCUGUAGCUCAGCCCAGGACCCGGCCUGGAGCCUCUCGCCCCCCCAGGCACCACCAGAUGACUGACCGAAACCCUCCGCAGAUACUUGAAACGAUGGGGUUCCCCACCCACUGCUCACACUGCCUGUAAGAUGGGAGGUGCACCUCCACCGGUCGGUACUGGAGGCCGAACGGGUCGUAUUGUUGGCCUUUGCUGUCUGUGAGCCGAGAACGCCGCGGCUGCUUUUGCCCUGUGCAGCACCAAGGGGUUGUACUCGUCAGAACUGAACGAUAGUGAAUGGGUCAUACCUGGCAAGGGACUCAACCUGGCAACUUGUCCAAUAGGAAUGACUACAUUUCAUUGUAUAACGUUUUGUUACGGUGCGAGUGAAUAAACCCGGCUCUCGUCUGAAUGGUUGCCGAGGGAACGGGUGAAACGUUGGUCACCGAUGCCCUUUCCCCAUUGCCUUUCUGUGAUGCACUACAUUUCAAUGGGUGACCGCCACAUGAGGAGAGAGCUGCUUUGUGUUUGUGUUUUUGUGAGAAUGUACUGUAAAACCAUUGUCAUGUUUGUUAAAGCUGUUUACCUGGCCAUUUUGUAUUAUUUUUUUAUGUUCCUGUUUUUGUAUGUUCAUCAAAAGGGUUUGUCAAAAGAUCAAAUAAAGUUUUUGCUAUUUA